AUGGCUUCACUAGAGGAUUUGAUUCCAACUGUUAAUAAACUUCAAGAUGUCACUUAUGAUGCUGGUAUAGAUUCAUUAGAUUUACCAAUUUUAUCUAUUAUUGGUUCACAAUCUUCUGGUAAAUCAUCUAUUUUGGAAACUUUAGUUGGUAAAGAUUUCUUACCAAGAGGUACAGGUAUUGUUACAAGAAGACCAUUAGUUUUACAAUUAAUCAAUAUCGCAGAAGAUUCGCCAUUGAUCCAUAAUUAUAGUCAACCACCAGGUUCUGGAAAUGCAGGUCCUCCAGUUAGAGAAUCUAAAUCAUCAACUGGUUCUCCUGAACCUUCAAAUGAUGAGUUCACUUUAGAAGCUCAUUUAAGACAACAACAAGGUUAUAAACCAGAAGUUCAAAAUGAAUGGGGUGAAUUUUUACAUAUUCCAGGUCGUCGUUUUUAUAAUUUUGCUGAUAUUAGAAAAGAAAUUGAAAAUGAAACUUCAAGAAUUGCAGGUAAAAAUAAAGGUAUUAGUAGAUUACCAAUCAAUUUAAAAGUUUAUUCACCAAAAGUUUUAAAUUUAACUUUAGUUGAUUUACCAGGUAUUACAAAAGUUCCAAUUGGUGAUCAACCAACUGAUAUUGAAAAACAAAUUAGAAAUUUAAUCUUGGAAUACGUUGCUAAACCAAAUUGUAUCAUUUUAGCUGUAUCUCCUGCAAAUGUUGAUUUAGUCAAUUCUGAAUCUUUAAAAUUAGCAAGACAAGUUGAUCCACAAGGUAAAAGAACAAUUGGUGUACUUUCAAAACUGGAUUUAAUGGAUCAAGGUACAAAUGCUUUAGAUAUUCUUUCUGGUAAAGUUUAUCCAUUGAAAUUAGGUUUUGUUGGUGUUGUUAAUAGAUCUCAACAAGAUGUUCAACAAAAUAAAUCAGUUGAAGAAGGUUUAAAUACUGAAGAAGAAUUUUUCCAUUCACAUCCUGUAUAUAGAACCAUAUCAAAUAGAUGUGGUACGAGAUAUUUAGCCAAAUUAUUGAAUCAAACUUUAAUGAAUCAUAUUAGAGAAAAAUUACCAGAUAUUAAGGCAAAAUUAAAUACUCUGAUGGGACAAACUGAACAAGAAUUAGCUUCAUAUGGUGAUGCUAAUUUAUACAAUAAAGAAGAUCGUGGUGCUUUAAUCUUGAAAUUAAUGACCAAAUUCGCAACAAAUUUUGUUAAUUCAAUUGAAGGUACAGCAUCAGAUAUUAGUACAAAAGAAUUAUGUGGUGGUGCAAGAAUUUAUCAUAUUUAUAAUGAUGUUUUAGGUCAAUCAUUAGGUUCAAUAAAUCCAACUUCAAAUUUAUCAACAAAUGAAAUUAGAACUGCAAUUAGAAAUUCAACUGGUCCAAGACCUUCAUUAUUCGUUCCAGAACUGGCUUUCGAUCUGUUGGUUAAACCUCAAAUUCAAUUAUUAGAAUCUCCAUCUCAUCGUUGUGUUGAAUUAGUUUAUGAAGAAUUAAUGAAGAUUUGUCAUAAUUGUGGAUCACCAGAAUUAUCAAGAUACCCAAAAUUACAACAAAAAUUAAUUGAAGUUAUUAGUGAUUUAUUAAGAGAAAGAUUAGGUCCAACAAGUUCUUAUGUUGCAAGUUUAAUUGAAAUCCAUAGAUCUUAUAUUAAUACAAAUCAUCCAUCAUUUGUUGGUGCAGCUGCUGCAAUGGCAAGUGUUGUUGAAGAUAGACAAAAGCAAAAAGAACAAGAAAAAUCAUCACAAAAAUUAUUUGAAUCUCAAAAAAAACCUAAAAUUUUAACAAAUGAUGGAAUUAAUGGCUCAACAAAAGAAUUUGAUGAUAAUGAUGAUGAAAACUCAGGUGAUUCUGAUAAUGAUAAUGAAUCAAAUUAUCAUAACCAUCAAAAUCAAUUACCUUCUAACCAUAAAAAUGAUUCCAAAGAUUCAUUCUUAAAUUUCUUUUUUGGUAAAGAACAACAACAUCAAAAUCAACAUUCAUCACAACCACAACAAAAUGGUAAAGUUAAUGGUCAUUCAAGACAACCAAGUAAAUUAGCUAAAGCUUUUGAAGAUUUAAAUAUCAAUCAAAAUCAUAACAAUGCCAAUUCAAUUUCUUCAUUUAACCAUAAUCAAGAUUUAGUAUUGGAAGAAGAAGAACCUGUCUUAAGUGAACGUGAACAAUUAGAAUGUGAGUUAAUUAAAAGAUUAAUUCAAUCAUAUUUUGGUAUUGUUAGAGAAAUGAUUCAAGAUCAAGUUCCUAAAGCUGUUAUGUGUUUAUUGGUUAAUCACUCUAAGGAAACAGUUCAAAAUAGAUUAGUUACAAAAUUAUACAAAGAUUCAUUAUUUGAUGAAUUGUUAUUAGAAGAUGCUGAUUUAGCUUUAGAAAGAGAAAAAUGUUCUAAAUUACUAGAAACAUAUAGAGAAGCUUCAACAAUUAUAAGUGAUGUUCUAUGA